AAAAUCAUACUAUCAACCUAUAGCCAAGAACAUGGCUUCUUCCAUUGUCCCACGGCCUGCCACCACCCUCUCCCCCGCCCGCACCACCACCACCUCCUCCACUCCCAAACCAAGGCAUUUUCCGACUAUCCGAAAACAGAAUCGCUGCCCCAAGGUAUCAUGCAAAUCCCCAGACAAUGAUCAAGAAUCUGCAGCACCUGGCAAGUUUGACAGGAGAAAUGUACUGAUUGGGCUUGGAGGCCUGUACGGAGCCACCACUCUCGCCGCCUCUCCGUUCUCUUUUGCGGCCCCUAUCUCCGCUCCCGACAUCACAAAAUGCGGCCCUGCGGACUUGCCUCCCGGUGCAGCUCCGACAAACUGCUGCCCCCCUCCGACGGCGAAAAUUAUUGAUUUCAAGUUCCCUCCGCCUUCCACCACCAUGCGUGUCCGCCCCGCCGCUCAUUUAGCUGACGAAGCCUACAUAGCCAAAUUCAACAAAGCAGUUGAGCUGAUGCGGGCUUUACCUGAAGACGAUCCCCGCAGUUUCAAGCAGCAGGCUAGUGUCCAUUGUGCUUACUGCGACGGCGCGUAUGAUCAAGUCGGGUUCCCGAAUCUCGAGCUUCAGGUCCACAACUCUUGGCUGUUUUUCCCAUUCCACAGAUAUUACCUGUACUUCUUCGAAAGAAUCUUGGGAAAGUUAAUCGACGACCCCACUUUCGCCAUGCCGUUCUGGAACUGGGAUUCUCCUGGAGGAAUGAGAAUCCCAGCAAUGUACGCGAAUCCCAACUCUCCGUUGUAUGACAGCCUUCGUGACCAGAGACAUCAGCCGCCGACGGUGCUCGACUUGAACUAUAGCGGCACUGAUCCCACCAUUAGUGCUGAUCAACAGACGAGGAGAAACCUGACAGUCAUGUACAGGCAAAUGGUCUCCAACUCCAGAACUGCUCGGCUUUUCUUCGGCAGCCCGUACCGGCGAGGCGACGACCCGAAUCCUGGAAGCGGAUCUAUUGAGAACAUUCCUCACGGUCCUGUCCACGUGUGGACCGGUGACCGGAACCAACCCAAUUUCGAGAACAUGGGUAAUUUCUACUCAGCGGGUAGAGACCCGAUCUUCUACGCUCACCAUUCGAAUAUUGACAGACUGUGGAGCAUCUGGAAAACCCUAGGUGGAAGGCGUCAGGACAUAACAGAUCGUGAUUUCCUUGAUGCAUCUUUCGUUUUCUACGACGAAAACGCGCAAAUGGUUCGGGUCAAGGUCCGGGACUGUUUGGAUCAUACCAAACUCGGGUACGUUUAUCAAGAUGUGGAAAUCCCGUGGUUGGACUCUCGCCCAACCCCAAGAGUUUCUUCUGUCCUGAGGAAGCUGAAGAAGCUCGGCAAAGCAAACGCUGCCGACACCCACAGCCCGAAAGACGUCUUCCCGGCUACACUUGACAAGGUUCUGAAGGUAAUGGUAAAGAGGCCGAAGAAGAAGAGAAGCAAGAAGGAAAAGGAUGAGCUGGAAGAGAUUCUGGUCAUAGAAGGCAUUGAGCUGGACAGAGAUGUUUACGCCAAGUUCGAUGUUUACAUCAACGACGAAGAUGAUGAGAUCACCACGCCUGAGAACACUGAGUUCGCCGGCAGUUUCGUGAACGUGCCGCAUAAGCAUAAGCAUGGGAAGAAGAUCAAGACUCAGUUGAGGCUGUCCAUUACUGAGAUUAUGGAGGAUUUAGACGCUGACGAUGAUGAUCAUGUGUUGGUGACUUUGGUUCCGACGAACGCCGGCGACGCGGUGACCGUCCAUGGUAUCAAGAUUGAGCUUGAUGACUGAUCAUCGAUCUGAAUCAUCAUUUUCAUUAUUGAUUUUAAAUUUCCUGGACUCAAUCAUGGCUUUUUCGAUCCUUUGAACUGCGAUCCACGUUGUAGUGAACCAUUUGGUGUCCAUUUGUGAAAGAAUAAUGUUGUAAUAAUCCAUGCGGAUACUAUCAUAUCCCUUGUUUUUUUGGAUUAAUUUAAGUACAAAUUUGUGAGUUA